UCUAACAAAAACAUUCAUUAAAGCAAGUUAACGCAGCAUAAACCACUAAUUUUGCAUAUAAACCACAAAAAUAAAAUCGUUUCAAACUGUGUACUUUUACAAUAAUAACCAUAUUGUCGUGGGUUUUUUAUAAAAAACGCGACAAACAAGUUGUUAAAAUCAAAAUGGACGAGGAAAGAAAGCCGCUUUUAAUGCGAACCAGUACUUACAACGUUUUCAGUUUGGCAAAUGGAAAUCUUCCGAAUGAUCUUCACGUCGAAAGACCAGUUUACGGACAAGAAGAGUUACAUUUAGCAUCGGAAUAUGAAAAACCGACCGUUUCAAUUGGAGAAGUCGUUCGUGAUAAAUACAAUUCGUGCAGUUGCAAAACGUUUUUGCAACAAUUAAUUCCCGUUUUGAAAUGGUUACCGGAAUACAAUUGGAAACAAGAUAUCACCGGUGAUAUAAUCAGUGGGAUAACUGUUGCAAUUAUGCAUAUUCCUCAGGGUAUAGCGUAUUCGUUAUUAGGAAACGUCCCCCCAGCUGUCGGUAUAUACAUGGCAUUUUUCCCCGUGAUCAUAUACUUUUUUUUCGGCACAUCGCGACAUGUCUCAAUGGGCACUUUUGCUAUCGUCUGUUUGAUGACGGGAAAAGUUGUGUCACAAUACAGCACGGAAGAGAAACCUCCGGAAAAUGUCGAUCAAGCGAAUUGGAUGGAGAUGUUAACUCAUAAUCAAACCGAUAAUGGAGUAAUCGAGCACCAACAAUAUCCCCCAAUAGCCGUUGCAAUAACCGUUACUUUUGCCGUAGCAGCUUGGCAAUUGAUUAUGUACGUUUUGAGAUUGGGGGUGAUUUCAAAUUUAUUAUCGGACGUUUUGGUGAAUGGAUUUACUUGCGCUGCAGCUUGCUACGUUGUUGUUUCGCAAAUGAAGGAUCUUUUCGGGUUGCCCCUCAAGAAACGGAGAGGAUUUUUUAGUUUACCUUUGUCAAUUUAUGAUAUAGUUAUGGCAAUACCUUUAGCGAACCACACAGCGGUCUCAAUAUCAAUGACAGCAAUCGUUAUUAUGGUCAUAAAUAACGAAAUAUUUAAACCUUGGUUGGCGCAAAGAACGAGGAUACCGUUUCCUAUAGAAUUAGCGGCCGUUUUAAUCGGAACAGCUUCGAGUUAUUUCGGGGAUUUUAACGCUAAAUACAACGUGACGAUCGUCGGGGAGAUUCCUACAGGACUUCCGGCUCCUACACUACCGAUUUUUUCGCUUCUACCGGAAAUCGCUGUGGAUUCGUUGAUAAUCUGCAUCGUUUCGUACUCGAUUUCGAUGUCGAUGGCGAUUAUUUUCGCAUCGAAACUUCAUUACGACGUGAAUCCAAAUCAAGAACUCUUUGCGAUGAGUUUAAGUAACUUUUUCGGAUCAUUCUUUUCAUCAAUGCCGAUAACAGCGUCAUUAUCCCGCUCGAUGAUCCAACAAUCAGUCGGAGGAGUCAGCCAAAUAGCGUCAAUCAUUUCCUGCACGUUACUUUUAAUCGUUCUUUUAUGGAUCGCCCCAGUUUUCGAGCACUUACCAAGGGCGAUUUUAGCGAGCAUAAUCGUCGUGGCACUAAAAGGAAUGCUAAUGCAAUGUACGAAACUAAAACUUUAUUAUAAACUUUCGAAAUGGGAUGCUUUCGUUUGGUUAUUAACGUUUGUUUCGACGGUAACGAUCGGGAUCGAUGUCGGAUUGGGAAUUGGAGUUUUAGCCUCGUUUUUCUCGAUUUUUACGCAAAGCCACGUGCCUUACACGUGUUUGUUGGGUGUCGUUCCAAACACCGAUUUGUAUUUGGAUUCGAAACGUUACAAAGGGGUUAAGGAAAUUGAAAUGAUUAAAAUUUUCCAUUAUUGCGGGUCGUUAAAUUUCGCGACUAAACAUACUUUUAAAAAUCAUUUAAGCAAGAAAAUUGGUUUUAACGCGAACGAACUUUUAAAAAAAUUAGAACAAAAUAAAAAUGCACUCCCAUUAAUUGUUGUUAAGUGUAUUGUUAUUGAUUGUUCGGCGAUUACUUAUGUUGAUCCGAGUGGGGGUGAUUUAUUACGAGAUUUAAGUAAAACUUACGAAAAAUUAGGGAUUCGGUUUUAUGUGGCGACUUGUUCUGGGCCGAUUUAUGAAACGUUAAAGAAAUGCGAAAAGUACGAUGAAAAGGAAGGAAGUUUAGAGUUGUUUCCGACCAUUCAUGACGCUGUUUUGUACGCGCAAAUGAAUGAGAAUCUUCAAAAUAACGUUGAUAAUGUUAGUAAUGAUAAUAUUGGAAGUGUUGAAGAAAAUAGGAGAAUAUAAUUAAUUAUUAUUGUGAAAAGAAAUUGUAGAGAUUAUUUAAGGAUUAAAAAAAUGUUAUAAAAAUUAGAAUUUAAGAAAAAAUUUAAAAAGUUGUAAAGAAAAUUGUGAGAUUUUUUAAUUUCUCGCAGUUUUUUAAACCAAAACGUAAUUUUGUUUGUGAUAAGACCUAAAACUUAGAAUCGAUUUUCUAAAUGUGUUCAUCCUCAAAUUACCUCUUACAACAAAUAUAUUUUUUUAUAAAUUAUUUUUGUACAUUUUACAAAACGAUAAUGUCCGUAAGAAACGUUCAAUCAGUAAAAUCAAUAAAAUCAUACAUUUUAAAAACA